ACGUCACAUCGUGCGCUGAUGAGAGGAGUGGACUUUUGUUUUUGUCUCUUUGGUUUGCCUAGCUGUAAAAACCGGAAAAAAAAAGUGGCCUGGAGACCUCCCCCGUUUGAUUUGCUUGAAUAUCGCGAAGUAGUCGUCAUGAAAUGCCUAGUGGUUUUUCGUAACCCUAGCAUGCCUGAUAUUGUGCUCUUGAAGGCUGAUAAAGCAUUCAUUAAUCAUAUCAAUCAAGCAGCGAGGGAAAGACACUUAUUGGAAGAUGAGUCUGAUGUGGAUUAUUUGGAUAUCUCGGUAGCAACUCAGUUUUUCUCACCCAUCGUAGCAUCCUAUGCUGCAAUGUCAAAUGAGCUUAAUUCUCCAUACUCAUCAAUUAAAACUCAUAAUGACUUUUUAUUUGUCCUGAGGCAGUGCGAUGGUUAUCUUUACAUUGCUGUGAAUGGUGAUGAGACUGAGUCAGAGCUAUUUCUUCAACGCAAACUGCAAGUUCUUCAAAGACUUUUAACAUUCUACUAUGGACCUAUAUUAGACCAGCUCAGACCAGAUACUCAAUCAGCAAGGAAGACUGUAUGGGAGGAGUUUACCAGAGUGAUUGACACAUGGACAGAGCUGUAUAACAAAGAACAGUGCUUCCUAGUUGAGGCCAUUGAGAGACUUCAAGUGAACCAAACUGUGAAUGAGAUAUGUAUCAGUGCCUUGGAAACAGUCUUAAGGAAACUACGUGCUGUUGGGGAGAAGUACGCUGUUCAUGCCAUGCUGAUGGUAGACGCUAAACUUCUGGCUUUGUAUUCAAGCCGCAAGGCCUCUGAGUUACAAUCCUCUGAUAUCCUGCUGACGACACUGCUAGCUCAGAGCUUCUAUCCUACUACAGAGACAUUAGAGAAUCUAUUAAGUCAGAGUGUAGUACAGAGUGAAUGGCCAACUCCAUUCAGUCAGAAUCUAUCAAGUGCUAGUGAUGAAUUCUUGAGUGCUGGGGAAGAAGGUUCUGAUGAUGCGUCCUCUUACUACAGCCCUGCGGAUUCAGACAACGACGAUGAGGGGCUUGAUGGUGCUGCAUCUAGGGUUAAAGGUCAACCAAUCAAAACAAAAGAAUCCAGUAAACAAGAAGAAGGAGCUGUGGGUUGUAGUACAUCAUCUGAGUCGUUAAGUGAAGGAGAAUCUGAGUUUAGUACACCUCCAGUCAGUGUAUCACCAAACAAGCAACUUGGCAAGAAAGAAGAGAAAGAGUUGCCUAAGGAGAAUGAAGAUGUGAGUAGAGGUUCAGGUGUAGCUACACAAUCAGCACUACUAGGAGCUUCAGUAUCUGCUAGUGAGAGUGUAGAUAAUGAAUGGAAAGAUUGUGUACGAAUGCCUGCAUUCCUACAGCUACCUGCUUGUAAAUGCUCCCCUCAUGUACUACAAUUUGUACCUAUUCUACCUGGGACUACUAUGGUCAUUGUCAUUGAGGUGAGGUUACAACUGGCUAAGAUGAUCAGCAAGACGUUAGAUAUCUUGACUCAGAUUGGACAAAAUAGGAAUGAAUCUGAGACUCAUUUGCAUUACUCACCACGUUUACUCAUCGAGUCUUUGGAUAAUAUGGUCAAACAAAUAUGUGACCACGCCAGGAAAUUCAAGACAAACUGCAUGAACAGGCAUCAGGAAGAUUUGAAGGACACUUGGAAUAAUGUAAAACGCUUUGGGCUUCAGGAAUAUCUAGAUACUCAUCGGACAGUGAUCAUUCCAGCAAGGUUAGAGUCUGCUCUGUCUGAGAUGUGCCGUCUACUUAAAGUCAUUUUCAGGGUGCGAUACUUCAAUGUGAAAUCCAACCCUGAGAGUGUGUCCAAACGCUAUGCAGAAGCCAUUAAAGAUUCACAAAGCUUACUGAGGGAGAGUUUGUAUCAUUAUCAACAAUACUUAACCAUCAAGGCACAGCGCAAUAUCACCAUGACUACAUACCUAGAAGACUUCCCAGGUCUUGUGCAUUUUAUACACGUUGAUAGGAAGACUGAUCAGAUCACAGCGCCCUCUAUCAGUGUGUCUGGAGUAUCAUAUGAUGGGAUAGUGCAGUCCGGGGCAUCAUCAUUAGUAAAGGAGAAGGUAUGGAGCAUAGUACCUACAAUGCAUGAAUAUUUAAUGCAAGGAUUCUAUACAGCAGCAUUAAGACAAGGAGAUUUCUAUUUCUCAUAUUACAUCUACUUUGAGGAUGUGACGGGAAAGCUGGUAGCUGCCCAGCGAUCAAUGAAAACAGAAAAUACUGAUAUUCCUGGUAUCUUGACUGGAAACUUCUUCAAGGACUUAGUGGAGCGUUGUUUCCCUGGUAUCCCGCAUGGUAUGAUUCGUUGCUGUGAGCUGUUAUGCAUUCAUCUAUCAGUGGUACCCAUCCAGUAUGUUACAGCUCAUGCAAGACGUUUAAGUGCAUCAUUAUGGGAGACCUCAGGAGAAGUGGCCACACCCGUCAAUCUUCUGUAACAAUAAACCAUUUGCGAGUUAGAUUUGAAUAAUGUCUGGUACAAUGACUUGCUUAGUCACAAGUUACUAGUUACAUUUG